AUGACGGGCAGCAGCGGCGGCCCUAAAGAAGAGCUUAAAGAUGACAAGAGGUUGAACGAAGACCUGGUGGUGUUCAUGCGCAAGCGGAGUGACACCGCCGCGCCACGCUACACCGCGCGCCUCAAGACUAUCGUAGACCUGCAGCAUAAGCGCCGUCGGGCAGCAGCCGCUCGCCGUCACACGGACCACGCUCAGCAUGAUAAAGCCUCUGUUAAAAGGAAGAUAUCAUCAAACGAGCAGAAGGAUAAAAGUCCUGUUGAUACGCGCAUGAUUAGUGAAAAGGCUGCCAAUCGUAGUCGCUCUUGUUCUGAAGCGCAGUCUGUGGAUGCUGCUGGCAGAUGUAGACGUCGCAGACGAUAUCGACGCCGUCGUUCUUGCCGUGUAAGUAUUUAA